UCUUCUCAGUUAUUUCAUUCUCCAAUCUGCACCUUUUUCUCAAUUGCAUCAUUUGUGCUUUAGGUCUAUUUAUUUGUAUCUUCUAAGGUUAGAUAAACACUUUUUUUUAACAUUUUACCCACACUCAAUGAUAAAGACCCUCCUUCCAUCUACACAAUGUCUUAUUUUCAGAGUAGUUGUCUUCUUCCCGCAGAUAUGCUCAUGGAAAUUUUGUCAUGGCUUCCUGUGAAGGAUGUCGUGCGACUCAAGUGCAUUUCAAAAGGAUGGAACCACCUUGUAUCUGAUUCUGCAUUUGUGAAACUACACCUUAUUAGGUCUCCAAAAAACACUCAUAUCUUAUUGACAUUUGACACAAGAGGAGGUGGUUAUGCCAUAGCUCCCGUACAAGAUUUACUUGACAACCCAUCAUCCACAGUUGAAACUUUACUUCGCAACGAUUUCCCAUACAACCCAUUCAAUCGCAGUUACACUGUCUUGGGUGUCCUCAACGGCUUAGUAUGUUUACAAUUUUCUUGGGUUGAUGAUGAAUUUGAACACCACUGGUUUCAUAUGUGGAAUCCAGCCACAAGGGCCAUGUCUGUAGACUCCCCACAUAUUUCUUUUGAUCACAGCGAUUAUAAAGAUGUUUUCUGGUUUAUGUUUGGAUUUGGGUAUGAUGAAUGGAGCGACACUUACCAAGUUCUGUUUUUGGAUAAUAAUAAAAAUGAAUCGCAGGAACUGAAGGUACGAGUUUGGUCUGUAGGGGAUACUUGUUGGAGAAAUACUUCAAUUUGUGACGCUUUUUCCACCAUCAUUUGUCCUGUAAGUCGUGUAAGUCGUGGAAGUGUAAGUCGUGGAAUUUUUGUGAGUGGUACUUUAAACUGGUUAGCAUUUCCCAAAUCCUACUCUUACUCUGAUAAUGUUAAGAUGAAUCAGCUUGAAAUAUUUUCUUACCAUCAAAAGGAUGAGACAUGCAGAUAUUUUCCUAUGCCUGAUGGCAUUUUAGAAAUCAAUGUUUGUGAGCCUGAGCUUGAGGUUUUGAAAGGUUGUUUGUGUCUUUCUCAUCAUCAUGAAGGUAAUUUUACUGUUUGGCUGAAGAGAGAGUUUAACCAUGAAAAAUCUUGGUCCAAGUUACUGACUUUAAGGUAUGAGGAUCAUUAUAAAUAUCUCAGUCGUGAUUUUUUAUUAGAGUUGUGGAUUAUCUGGAUGUGUGAAGAUGAUGAUGACUUUGUGCUGCUUGCAAACAGAUAUAUAGAUAAACCGGACUUGAUCCGGUACAACACCAGAGAUAAUAGAAUAGAUCGUCGUGAACUUUACAAACAUGAAAGUUCAAAUAUUUUCUCUUAUGAUUAUGCUCCAAGUUUGGUUUUUCCGCAUGUAGAACUACCCUUAGGUUAUUUUCUUUGAUGUUGAGGAAGGCACCAACCAUUUGUUUCUUCAAUGCAAAACAUUCCUGUGAAGUUUCAUAGUCAUUCUGGAAACGUAUUUGGAAUUGUAGAAUGUAGGAUGUGUUUCUGAAUUAUGUAAUUCAUAAUGCAUUUUUAAUAUUUGAUAAUAAGUUUUUAAAUUAUGCAAUACAUAAUGGUAAUCAAUUUCCAACUUCUAUCAAUUUUGUUUCCCAAGACAAUGCAGUGCAGAAGCCAAGAGGAACGACAUAA